CGACUGGAUGUUGGCUGCUGCGGUGAACGCGUUCGGUCGAGCAUUUCAAUCGCUGAUCGCCGAAGUGAAGCAUAACACACUUCAACUGGCAUUCCAUACUGUGAAAUGCUGUCAUUUGCCCAUCUCAUCCCAUCAGUACCUUGUUGAGAUCAGUCGACGACGAUCAAGACCAUCGCAUCAGUUGGAUGGAAGCUUGAGAUCAAUCUUCGCGCAUCAAUAGAGGUUCAUCUUCAUCAUCAUACCACAAAUCCCGUUUCAUCCUUUGAUACAAAAUCCUGCAUCAUAGGCCUCCCUUUCGGCCAACGAGGACCUCCAAAGCUUUGUCAUUGCGCUCUGCUCGAGACAGUGGACACUCGGACAGCGUACUGGAGACCAUCUGGCGCUUAGUGUGCCCCGCGACUGCGUGGGUACUUUGGUCCGCAAGUUGAUUAACCCCCAACUCUGAGCCGACUUCCUUCGUUUUCCCCUGCCUCGAUCGCUCAUGCUACCGCCAUGGCUGCCAUAACGUCCCCGACUUCAGCCUCACCGCGGCAGCUACUGUUAGAAUGGGACGAAGGAGCCGUCCAUUCGUACCUUGUGCACAUAGGCUUACCUCAGUAUGAGGAGUUGAUCUUUGAACAUGGAAUCACAGGUGACGUUCUCGCAGCAAUGGACCAUGCCACGUUACAGGAUAUGGGCAUCACGAGCAUAGGGCAUCGAUUAAAUCUUCUGAGAGCAGUAUGGGAGUUGAAAAAGGAGCAAGGAAUUGACCUCGGUGAUGACGAUUGGAGACCUCAAGACGUCGAAUCACACACAAGGAAGCAGCUGGCCAACGUAGAGCGUCUCGUCGACCUCAUUGCGGAACAGCAGGAGCGCCUUCUGUACCUUGAGCGGGACCAUUCAAGGCUUCUGUCCACGCUCGAGGAGAGCGGCAUCACCAUACCCGUGUCGAGCUCUGCGGACGGAGACACGCUGCAAGGCCUCAGAGGACCCGACAAGUCCACGAGCUCUCUCAAGUGGAGGGAAUAUGCUGGAUCGCAUAGUGAUGGCGAUGAGGUCGAGCAUAGCCGACUCAAUCGUCCUGGAUCCCAAAUUUUCCCUUCAUCGCUUGCUUCAUCGACAGCCUCUGCUCCCCCUCCACCACUCACAGCCGACUCGAAUACAUUCCAAGACACCUUCACGCCGACCACCAACUCGACCUUCCUAGCGGAUUCUCCCUCCAAUCUCCUACACAACGAUCGCUCCGUCACGCCAGCGAAGAGUAUCGCAUCUCAACCGCUUCAACCGCCUCCUUUCCAACGUCAAGUUUCAGGCUCUUCAAUUCUCGGAGCUUCGAUCGCUUCAACAUCCCCGUCAGGCCUCAUCCCAACCUCUUCGAAGGGCUCACUAGGCCCCGCGUCCUCCAGCGGAUCUAUCACCACCGCCUCGACCAGCACAGCGGGUGGUGAACGAGUUUCUGCGCCUGACUCUACGGAUAAGUCCAAAGCGAAAGAUGCGGCAAGAAGUGCAGCAAAGUCGUUCCGAGUGACGCUGGAUGAUCCCUGCUGGCGUGUGCUCCCGGCAGCGUUGCGGAAAUACCGCAUCAACGAUGAUUGGAAGAUGUACGCGCUGUUCAUAUGCUUCGGGAACACAGAACGCUGCCUCAGCUACGACGAAAAGCCACUGAUGCUGUUCCAAAAGCUGAAGGAGGGUGGCCAAAAGCCUGUCUUCAUGCUCCGGCACAUGCGCGACAUCAAAUCGCCAAUCGCUGUUGCUCAACAGAAACAAGCCAUAAAACUUGGCUUGCCUCCUAAUUCGACAGAGGAUGUGCUACCCAAGAUUCGACCGGCUAGCGAUACCACCUCGCCCACCAAAGCGACGUCCUUGCAGCCGUCUCGGCGACCGGAAGAGGGCCAAACGCCUAGCGGAGGAGCUUUCCCUGAAUUGCCCAGUCCCGGUCUUCGGGAGACCGAUGCGACUGGACCCAAUGCUCCGCGUAGUGCCGGCGGAGCCACUGGCAAGAAGACGCUGAUCGACAAGGAUGGCAACCCGCAAAACGUGUCGUAUGCGGUAGCUAUAUAUCCGUACAUAGCGGAUCGGCAGGACGAAUUCGACGUCGCAGUCGGCGCUACCUAUGUCAUCCUCUCAAAAGCCAAGGGAUGGUAUAUCGUUCAACGUGAUCCCGCGGGAAUGGGCAACAUCACUCCAGAUCAAUCCAAGUCUGGUUGGGUCCCAGCGGGCUGUCUCCUCGAGCUACAUUCUCCAAUAUCUCUCCUAUCAGCGGCCCCACCUGAUCCCGCGUACCCUGGUCUCGCACCGAUCCCUCCACCGGCAAUCAUGUCGAGCUCGUAUCCUGGAGUGGUCUUGAUGGACUGGGAAGCAAAGGCGGAUGACCAAGUCAAUCUGAGAGAGGGAGACAGAGUGAGAGUGUAUAAGAAGUAUUGUCAUUGGUCGUACACGAUCAAGCAAGACACCGGAGAGAGGGGCUGGGUCCCCGCAUGGUUCAUUGGCAAGCAUUCUUCGUCCACAAACAGCGAAUCCCAACCUGCAUCCGCAGCGACACCGACUGGUCAUGCUGGACCGGGUCAAACACCGAGUACCGCCGCCACCAAUGGCGGUGGUAUAGGCGAUGGUGAGGAUGGACGGAGCGAUGAGGACAUCAAGUAAUUUUGUAGGAAGUUAGCGGGUCACCGGAACACAGACACCAUGAAGCCAGCAACAAAGCUUGAGCAUGCAUUCGAGGCUGUCCUGGCUCAAUGGGCAUGCAUCAGCUGCAUC